GCCCCUAACGCUGUCGGCAGAUUACCCAAGAAGCUUACUUCAAUGUUGCGCAGCAAUACUGCUUGCGGCAUAGGUGGGGUGCAUGGUAGUUUGCAGGUUGCGGGCUGGUGGGAGGUGGCCGUGCUUUAACAAACGCAUGUCCUAGAGGCUGACCAUCUGUUCAUCAACGUGAACACCACAAACGCCCGACAAACCGUCUCGGCUAUUGCGCUGCAAACACUCACAAUGCCAUCUCCACCUCCACCCCCAGAGGAAACUGCUCGUCGGCAGGCCGAAGCCCGCGCCGCUGUCACAGCCUCUCUGGCGUCUGUGGGCGCCUCGGUCGACAACGAAAUGCGCACGCGCACGGCGGACCUGCACGCCAACUCGGCGGCCAUAUCCAAGCAGGAGAAGGAGCUUGCGAAGCAGACGGCGGCGCUGGCCAAGCAAACCGCCGAGUGGGACAAGCUGCUGCAGGGGGGCACGAAGAAGCUGAACGAGGUGGGCGACAUACAGAACUGGGCAGAGAUGUUGGAGCGCGACCUGCUCGUGCUGGAGGAGACGGUGAGGCUGGUCGACGGGGAGAGGGCGGGCGGGAGAGAGGAGUCUGCAAGCGGGACGAGCCGGUGGUAGGCGGUGUAGAUGUAGGUGUAUGUGUGGGUGCUAGGCUAUGUAGUCGAUGAGUUGUGUGUAUGUACGUAUGUAUGCAGGAGCACCUUGAUGAGACCGAAGAAGCAAAGACAGGACCCCAAAAAAGAAAAGAAAGAGGACCA